AGAAUCUUAUGAUCAGUGCGAGUCGAUCGUUCGAGCGCGAAAGAUCACAAAUAUCUUCAUUCUUCAGUGUUGCCUUUCAAACGUGUAAAAGAAAAAAAAGAAACGAAAACGAAACAACAACAUCUGGAAAAAGACGUUAACAGUGACCGUAACCUUGAUUACCUUUUCCGAAUAGCAAAAGUUAUAAUUUAUUAUUAUAUCGUGCAAAGCAUAUAUAAAGUCCGCGUUAACGAGAUUCGAAAUGUUUGUUAAAUUGUUCAGCAUUUGUGCAGUUGUUCAACUGGUUGUGUCACAGGAUCUACCAAUCACAUUCAAAGAUGGUAAAAUCGGUGUGAAUUUUGGUGGUUACCACGCUGAAGCUGGCUUGGGAGGACUUUUAACUGGUAAUGCAGCACAUGGAGGUCUUACUGCUUCGGCUGGGACACCUUAUGGUCAAACAGCUCACGCUGGUCUAGGUGGAAAUACUGGUCCCAAUACUCGUGGUGGUUUAUUUGCCGGUGCAAGUGCUGGAAAUGGGGUUGGGGCAAGUGCAUCUUUGGCUGGUGAUUUAAACAAUGGUGGUUCAUUUGGUGUUGGUGAUGCCGAAGCUCAUGCUGGUGGCAUUUCAAAGAGUGUCACAAAAACUGUUGCAUCUGUACCGGCUGGUGGUAUAACAUAUUUACCGGCACCUGGGCCAACACAAAGUGAAACAAAUGUUGAUGCAAGCCCAAGUUCAAUCUCAAGCUCGUCGAUCGAUGAAGAUGAUAACGAUUUAACAGACAAUAAAGUACCACAAGUACCAGCUGUACAACAACAAACUGUUACACAAAUCGUUAAUCCACCGGCCACCAUAAAUGUACAAAAGAUUAAGGUUCGACCACGUCCACAAACGUACACGGUUGUACAAAAACAAGUACAAGUUCCCUCAUAUGUAACAUACCAACAACCGGCAAUCGUCAAACAAAUCCCAAUUCCAGUUUAUCAACCGGCCGUUUUUCAUAAACGCAUUCAAAUUACAGCACCAUAUCAGGUUGUGCAGCGCAUUGAAGAAGUUCAAACGAGCACCGCCGGACCAACAACAACAACAACAUCAACUACACCCCGACCACCGUACGUCUACACCUAUGAUAAGCAAAAAGUUAUCAACGAAAUCUUCAGCAUUCCCAUCCAUGCACUCCGUGCUGUCAAUGAAAUUAUCAACGCCAAAUUGGCUGGCGGUUAUUCCGUUCAAAAAACCAUCACCUACAACUGAAUAA